CCCACGCGACCGUGACAGCCGCGUGGGGACACCGUCCUCUGCGCCACGGCCGGGGGCAGCCCCGGCACCCAUCCUGCGCCCUCCAGCACCAUGACAUGGGGGUGGUCCUGCUGGGUCCUCCUGCUGCUCCUGCUCGGCCCGGCCCGCGCUGGGGGGCCCGGCCCUGUCCUCAUCAACCGCCCGUUCGUCACCAUCUGGAACAUCCCCACCGAGCGCUGUGCCAAGAGGUUCAACGUCACCCUCAACCUGGAGAUCUUCGACGUGCUGGCCAACGACCAGCAGUCCUUUAUCGGGCAGGACAUCACUCUCUUCUACAGUGAGAAGCUGGGGCUCUUCCCCUACUACACCUCUGGGGGGGUGCCAGUGAACGGGGGGCUCCCACAAAAUGCCAGCCUGAAGGCUCAUCUCCAGCAGGCCACCCGGGACAUCGAGGUCACCCUGCCCAGCCCUGCCUACGGCGGGUUGGCCGUCAUCGACUGGGAGAAGUGGCGCCCGCUGUGGAUCCGCAACUGGGCCUCCAUGGACAUCUACCGGCAGAAGUCGGAGGAGCUGGUGCGGCAGCAGCACCCGCAGUGGCCCCCCGAGCUGGUGAACAAGACGGCCAAGCAGCAGUUUGAGAAAAGCGCCCGCGACUUCAUGGAGCAGACCCUGCGGCUGGGCGAGACCCUCCGUCCCGGUGGCUACUGGGGUUUCUACGGCUUCCCCAACUGCUACAACAACAACUUUAACAGCGUGCCCUACACCGGGACGUGCCCAGUGGUGGAGCAGCAGAGGAACAAGGAGCUGCAGUGGCUCUGGAGGAGCAGCCGGGCGCUCUACCCCAGCAUCUACCUGCCCCCCCGCUUCAAAGGCACCAACAAGGCACUCACCUACGUCCGGCAUCGCGUGGCCGAGGCUUUUGCCGUCCAGCGUGACGUCCUCAACGACGGCAUCCCCGUCCUGCCCUACUCCCAAAUCGCCUUUGACUGCACCACCGACUUCCUCUCCCAGGAGGACCUGAUGCACACCAUCGGGGAGAGCGCGGCUCAGGGCGCCGCCGGCAUCAUCCUCUGGGGCAGCCUCAACUACAGCACCUCCAAGGAGAUGUGCCUCAGGCUGAAGGACUACGUGGAGGGGCCCCUGGGCCACUACAUCGUCAACGUGACGGCCAGCGCCGAUCUCUGCAGCCAGAGCCUGUGCUCCGGCCAGGGCCGCUGCGUGCGCCGGGAGAACAAGCAGGGCUUCCUCCACCUCGACCCUUCCCGCUUUGCCAUCGACCUGCAAGCCGGCAAGCCCUGGCUGGUGGCCCAGAGCCUGGACUCCGGUGACGACGUCACUCAGCUGGCCAAGGAGUUCAGCUGCCAGUGCUACAAUAAGUGGCAGGGACCCCGCUGCGACACCCUGGGCUUCGCUGGGUGACCUCCCCCACCCCCACCCCCCGCCACACUGGGGACACCGGGGUGGGCAGGGUGACACCGCCCCACGCCUCAGCACCCUCGCUGUGGGGUUGGGAACCCCACCACGGGGCUGCUAAUAAAACCAGUAGGCACCCGCAAGCA